AUGAUUACCGAAGGAACACCGUCGCAGGGAUCUGGUCAAAGGGAAGAGUCGGGUGAAAACCUAGACAUCCCAAAUGACCAGACGCGGUUUGCAGCGUUGGAACUGCAGGUCCAAACUCUGAAUCAGGGUAUGGACCAGUUGAUCCAACAAAAUGCAGCAUUCUUGCAACACCUUGUUCCACCGGUUCAACAGAGCUUGCCACGCCAAGACCUCUCGAAUCCAAACAGGGGUAAUGGGAAUCUGGAAAAGCAGGAUACUCAUCCUCCCCAACAUGAGACCGAAGUUGAGCAAAGCCAGGUGGGAAACCGACAUAGAGAGGUGAUCCACCCCUCUUUUCCACGGAGUUCUCGACCCCAUGAAGACACGACUGUCAUUGAAAAGACCGAGGAGAUUUCCCACGUUGACCUAGAGAUGCAGGAUCUCAAGGCAAAGAUGGAGGGUGUGAUGCAGGCCAUGAAGGGAAAAGGCAUUGCAGCUAUAGAUGGUUUGGUACAGAAGACCAAUUUGCCAUUCAGCCCCUCGGUUAUGAAAAGCCCUUUGCCAAGCAAAUUUAGAAUACCUACAAUUGAGAGUUUCGACGGAACUAAAGAUCCCCUCGACUACUUGGAGACUUUUCAGGCGCUUAUGCACCUGCACGCGAUGCCGGAUGAGAUCAUGUGCAUGGCUUUCCCAAUGACUCUCAAAGGAUCAGCAUGGGUAUGGUCCAACAAACUAAAGCCAGGAACCAUCGAAACCUUUGAAGAAUUGAGUAAGGGCUUUGUGGGCCAUUUCAUUGCUGGCCAGAGGCAUAGAAGGCCGGCUACCCACCUCCUUACUGUGAAGCAACAGAAGGGAGAGUCACUGCGAGAUUACAUUAGUCGUUUCAACACGGAGAUGUUACAGGUGGAGGAAGCGGAUGACAAGGUGGCCCUAGCUGCCUUCAUGGGAGGACUCCAAACCUCAAGAUUCCUCUUCUCUUUAUCAGAGGAACCUCCUACUAGUAUGGCCGAGUUAUUGGUUCGAGCUAAAAGACAUAUGAAUGCUGAAGAUGCAAUGAUUGCGAGAAAUGGAAAAGAAGGGGAGGAUAGGAAGUCAGACAAGAAAAGGCUGGCCCUGACAAUCAGAGAUGAAAAGGAAACCAAGUAUAAGAAACCCAUGGUCAACCAGAAUGAAAGGGCGUCUCGCUAUAAAAAUGCGGAGAGGUAUACAAAUUACACUCCUUUAAAUAUGUCGAUAGAUCAAGUUUUCCUGCAAAUCCAGGAUGAGCCAUAUCUGAAGUGGCCACCGAAGUUGAAGUCAGAUCUGGCAAGGAGACCUCGUGAUAAGUAUUGCUGGUUCCAUAAAGACCAUGGGCACACUACAGAGGAUUGCUUCGACCUUAAGGAUCAGAUUGAGACUCUAAUCCGAAGGGGGCACAUGCAAAAGUUUAUUGUGGGGAAUGACAGAACCGACAUUAACCCACUAAGAGCAGGCCGAGACAACCACCCUCCUGAUCAACAACCAAUAAGAAAGAUCAGGGUCAUAGUCGGGGGGUGUGCAGGAGGUGGAGAAUCGAGCUCAGCCCGUAAGGCCUAUGCCAGGAGAAUGUGA